UGAAUUUACUUCCAACGGUUGAGUAAUUAAUUUAUGAUUUAAGAGGAAAUAAAUAAUUUGAUUAGGGGAAGCAAGCGACUCGAUGUAGUACUUGAUUCGAAUAACUUUCAGAGUUCAACAGUCUCCUCCUUCCUUAAAUAUGAAAACGAUCAGUUGAGCAGACAGCACCAUCCUCAUUAUUAAUGGAGGUGGCAGUUGAACUUUUUCAUUAUUAACUGCACUGCAUACACCACACUUUUCAAUUUCUUCACGGAGUAGGUACGUACGUUCUACCUAGCUCCACUCCAACGGUAAUUAUCGAUCGAUCGGAUCGGAGGAAUUAUGGUUUUGAACUGCAGCUCGGAUGAUCUGAAAUGGCAGCAGCCAUGGUGGAUUCUUCUGAUUUCGUCAAUUGGAUUUACCGCCGUGUUGAAAAGCCUAAUUGCUUUGCUGAAAUGGCUUUACUGCGUCAUCCUCCGGCCGGAGAAGGAUCUGAAAACCAGCUACGGCGGUUGGGCGUUGAUCACCGGCGCGACGGACGGAAUCGGAAAAGCUUUCGCGUUCAGGCUGGCGGAGAAGGGGAUGAAUUUGGUGCUGGUUAGUAGAGAUUUGGGGAAAUUGGAAAUGAUUGGUGAAGAAAUUCGAGGAAGGAGACAUGGAAUUGAAAUUAGGGUUUUUGAAAUCGAUUUCGCACGAAACGACGCCGUUUUGAGGGUGGAGAAGAUGAAGGAGUUCAUCGAGGGGCUCCAAAUUGGGGUUCUGAUCAACAAUGUGGGAGUGACGUAUCCGAAAGCGAUGUUCUUCCACGAGGUGGAGGAGCGGACGUGGAUGAAGCUCGUCCGCGUUAACGUCGAAGGUACGACCUACGUGACCAGAGCUGUUCUGCCGGGAAUGUUUGACCGCCGCCGUGGCGCCGUCGUCAAUAUUGGCUCCGGCGCCGCCAUUAUUGUACCUUCUCAUCCCCUCUACGCCAUCUACGCCGCCACCAAAGCGUACGUGGAUCAGCUGGCGAGGAGCCUGAGCGUGGAGUACAAGCAGUACGGCGUGGACGUACAGUGUCAGGUGCCGUUGUACGUGUCGACGAAAAUGGCGACGCGGGUGGCGUUUGUGGAGAAGCCGUCGGUGUUGGUGCCGUCGGCGGAGAGGUACGCGGCGGCGGCGGUGGGGUUCAUAGGGCGAGAAGGGCGGUGCACGCCCUACUGGGGCCAUUCCGUACAGUGGUUCCUGGCGUCGCUGCUGCCGGAGGCUCUGCUCGACCGGUGGCGCCUCUCCGUCGGAAUCAGGAGAAUGGAACUCUCUCAUUAAUUACCUCAGCUCCUUCAAUACUUAUCCAUUUUGUCGAAUAAGCCUCACCUUUUCAUUUUACUUACC